AUGCCGUCCAUGUUAGCUCUACAGCCUCAGGUCAACCGCCGAAGGACCAUCUCGCAUGAGCAUAGUUCUGCGGGCCGGCCGGCUCAACAGCAGCAAAAAUCACCGUCCUCCUGGGCAAAAGUAGUCCCUCAGGCUCGCAAGUUAUCCCUCCGCUUACGUCGGCAUCGCCCAUCAACCGCGGGAUCAUCGUCGCAACGCGCAGGCAUGGAGCAACCGAACUCCAUGGCCACUGCUGACGAGAUUAUCAACAUUCUAUACCAUCCCCCUGCUGCGAAUAGCGCAAGCGCCGACCUGCGUCAUCGCGGAGAACUCUCGCGUCCGCCACCUCCGACAGAUCAAGAACAGUCGCAACGUUCCCGCGCACGUCCCUCCGCCAUGGACCCAGCCUCGCGACGACUCGGUGAUUGGGACGAGUUGCUGCGAAUUGCCCAAGAGCGCACGCCGAAUGCACCGCCCCAGCGCGAGUCUGCACAUCGCGCUCAGGCGAAUGUAGUGGUUCCGUCGAACGUCGUGUUGGCGGAUGUACCAGGGACCGCUACCACUCAACCGCGCCGUCGUCGGCACAGGCAUCGUGGCGUCAACCGUGACCCGCGUGCAAGUGCUGGUGUUGACGCUCCUCCAGCGUACGCCUUGAUGGAUAAGCCGCCGUCGUAUCGGCACACUGCGGAGGAGGUCGUCCCAUGGAUGCAGCGUGGUGAAAGCUUGACCGGUGCGCUUGCGCUAGAGGGUCAGCGUAACGCCCGCACGACGUGA